GUCUGCUCCGUCCCCGUUCGCUUCGUGUGUCGUGUGGUUAGCGUUUGACGUUGCUCGCCGGUAAACUUGACCGCUAAACUUACAUUAUUUGCCAGAUUACUUUGCAUCCGUGUUCUCGAGGCACUGCCAGUAUUUUGCACGACCGUUGUGAUUAAAUUAUUCUAAAAUUUCGUUUCCGACCUUUUAAAGCAUUGGUGCUUUUGUUGGUUAUAAAUGUUUGACGGUUAGUGUAACCGACGUUGCAAUGGAUCGCACCAGUGUUUUCUGCAAAAAGUAUACGUCAACCGUAAACACCAGACUGCCCUGUCCUGGUUUAUGGUCGUCGUGGACCCCGGCGGGCGCGCAGCGCAGCCAGCAGGUUGAGCACCCCGGCGGUGGCGGGAUCGACUCCCCGGCCCUGACUCAGCUCAACUGCAUCCCCUGAUUCCAGACGGGCAACUCAGUGCCUCCGCUUCGCCCAGCCCCAGCCGAGGUGAGCAGGGAGACGCUGAAGCUGACGGUACGCUCCUUAGAUAACGUCUGCCUACAGAGGAGGACCUUCGUCGCAGCUGGGUUGGUCACUGAUGUUCAUCGCUCUGCGAGGGCUGCGCGGCGACCCGGCCGAGGAGGCCCACGGCCUGCUCUGUGUUGCGGCGGUGGGGACGGACGCCACGUGCCACUCUCCCGCGUGCAUGGAGCCCUACAUGUGUCGAGCCAAGGGUUGAACGGCCUUGAGAUGCGCCCUGGCUGGUGGCCGGGCUGGCUGCCCCUGCUCUUGGUCCUUGCUCUCCCUUCGGCGUAUACGCAACCAACAAUAGGACACUUCUGGCACAUAUCCGACCUCCAUUACGAUGUCAACUUCUCGCUGGACGGCGACAUUCGGCACAACUGCCGGCGGUGGAGUGGCAACGGCAAUGUGUUGGGUAUGGGCGAGAGCCGACGUCCGGACGGCAAGUUUGGUGACCUGCACUGCGACGCACCGCUGUCGCUGUUGGAGUCGGCCACCACCGCCAUGAAGGACAUCGCCAAGGAAGUGGACUUCGUCCUGUGGACCGGGGCUGGCCCCGUCACUGGUCACGACUCGUCCACGGCGAUGACGGUGACGUCCCUGCUGCUCAGGGCCUUCACCUCGCAGUUCGUGUUCCCCGUGCUGGGGCCCGACGUGCGGCACGCCGACCACUACAAGCAGGCCGCCGAGAUCUGGAGGAAUUGGCUCCCCGAGGAGGCCAUGCCGACCUUCUACAAGGGCGGCUACUACACGAUCGAACAGAAGAGCAAGCCGCUGAGGAUCGUUGCGCUCAACACGAACCUCUGGCUGGAGCCCGGCAGGUCCACCGCGUCCUCGCGGGACGCCUGGGGCGAGCCGCGCCGCAGCCGGGAGGGCGUGGCCGGCGUGGUGCGCGAGCCCUGGGAGGUUCGCGAGAACCGCGUGCACGACGAGGACCCCGCUGGCCAGUGGUCGUGGCUCGAGUACGAGCUGCAAAAGGCCAGGAUCGCGAAGAAGACGGUGUACCUGGUGGGACACACCGGGCCCGGAGCGGACGAUCGCGCGCCCAACCCGACGCUGUCCAGCGGCCACGGCGGGCUCCUCGACCACCACAACACGCGCUUCCUCAAGCUGGUCAAGCGGAACGCCGACAUCAUUGUGGGGCAGUUCUUCAGCAACAGGCAUUCGGACACGUUUCGCGUCGUCUACAACGACUCUGGUUCUCCCGUGUCGUGGAUGUUGAUGCCGCCUUCAGUGACCCCCCGUAGGACGCAAGGCGGCUCCAACAAUCCCGGCAUCCGGCUCUACAAGUACGACAAUUCGACCGGCAACGUGCUGGACUACUCCCAGUACUACUUGGACCUCAAGCGCGCGAACCGCGAGGGCCGCGCCGAGUGGAAGCUCGGCUACAACCUCACGAGCUACUACUCCAUGCGGGAGGUAUCUGCACGCUCCUUCCAUCAGGUGGCCGAGUCCUUUACCAGCUCCGAAGCAGGACCUACCUCUUUUGCAAGGUACUACCGCGCCAACUCGGCAUUCCUUUACGAUAGUCCGUCAAACUGCUACCCGCAGUGCCAGCGCAGCCACUACUGCGCCAUCACCUGCCUGCCCUACAGUGACUACCGGACGUGCAUGGAGUCGCCGGCGUCAGCCCUGCCCUCCUCAGGAGCCUCAGCGCCCCGACGCCUUCUCUUUCUCCUCCUCAUCCCCUACCUGCUACCCGUUGCCGUCCUGGCUACGGGCAGACCAUCAUGAUGGACCCACCUGCUUGCCUCGGCCCGUCCCGCCGUUAGAGUAGGCUGCAGAGAACAAAGAUUUUACAUGGAAAAAAUCUUUUAAGAUAACAAACGAGUUGUGUGGACCAAUGAAGUAUUUAUUGCCGCUGGCGAGAGAAAUGUUGAAGCAGAGAAUUUGAUAUUUUGUAAAACGUAGUAGGGAACAAAUCGAAGAGGGCAGGUGAGAGGUUUGGGAGGAGUGAGAGUGUGAGUGUGUGGGCGAGUGAAUGUAAGUGCGUGUCUGCAGGGCGCGUAAGAGGAUAUGUGUUGCUCUAUUUUACGAAGUGGUGAUACUGUAUAAUGAACAAAAAACCAUUUGCCAAAUAGGAUAAAAUUUUAAAUAUAUUGUAAAAAAGUAAUUUCUUUGUGUUUUGUGGCACUUCUCAUAUUUAAGUAAAUGUGUUCGCGCCGCUUAAUAUAGUGGUGAUUGGUGAUGCUGAGUGUUUACUCGCCAAACCGACAACUCCCUGGUCGCAUUUCCCAAAACUCUGCUUUCCUUGGAUUUCCCCCCCCCCCCUUUUUUUACGUCGGUCUUUUCAUGGUGUGACGGAAGGAGCAGUAGCAGGGGUGGGGGAGGGUGGGCUUCUCGGUCUGAAUCGAAGACUAGUUCCGGACACGUCCGCGGCGCCGGCGCUGUCGGCCGAGUUAUCAAUCAUGUUGUGCAUCCCCAUCCGUCAUACCGGGUCCGACCAGCCUCCUAAUUCUCCCCUCACCCCCUCCACCCCGGGCUCUUUCCCCGCACCGCCUGGUCUCUUUGAUUACCGGUCCGGGCGAGCGAGCGCUCGUGUGUGCGCCGUAGUCUGUGUAAACGGGGCCGCGGACAGUCGGACAGCGGGGCUUCCCCUGGGCUUCCCCUCACCAUCCCUUGGGCCACGGUCGGGCCGCUCAGGCAGCAGCACUACUAGUCGCGGCGCGGGGGCCCGGGACCAUACGCCAUCGGAGUCUGCGGUUUUAAGUUGUUUCUAUGCAAAUCGCAUGCAAAUGAUGUGACAUGGCUGUGGGAGCCGCUCUGCCGCCGCGUUAAUGGAUAAAUAAUAUUUGUCUGCUCCGUACGUGCGCGUGUGCCUUCAGUCGAGGCCAUCUGUGUACAUAACUGUAUUUUAUUGGCGGGGGUUCCUCGUCUAGGCUUGAACCAGUCCCUGCCGUGUUGCCUGUGAAUAUAUGGUCCAGAAAAUGUGUUAUUCCGUAAGCUCGGCUCGCUUCCCAUGUUGCAAUGUGGCAUGUUUGUAAUUUAAUGAUAGGUCUUAUAUUUUUAUUUUUAUUUUCCUUUUGCAAAACUGCCGUGGCCACAUUGAGGAACCGAGAAGAUUGCAGAAAAACACAUUUUCUAAAUGUGAGAUGUUUUCAUAUAUUUGUUUAUAUUUAACUCUUAUCCUUCAAAAGGUAUAUUUUAACGUAUUGUACAUAUGAAAAUUAGAUAAAUCUCUACGAGUGAGUGUGAAAUGAGUGAAGAGGUAGCGCUAGGGCAAAGGUGGGGAUCUGUAAAAAUGUAACUAAUGUGUGCAGAGCUGAUUGCAAGAUGAUAUUUCCUUCUGACUGAAUGUUGUUCUUUUUUUCUUUUUUGACAUUGUUCUUUUAACGCAGUAAAGUGUAGGUGGUUACCAAUCACAUUAUGUGAAGGCUAUAUGUGAACAUUUUAUGAAAGUGUAUCAAAACGCGGAAACGAUAUGCCUGUUUGUAAUGAAAUUUGUUUUAUGUAUACUGCAUAAAUAAAUAUUAUCGUCAGUUUGCUA